UUAUGCACUGGUUUUUUUUCUUUCAGAAACAAAUAUGAUAAUUUGGGAGAUUUUCAGCUCAUACAGAUGACUGAAGAUGUAUAAACUUAAAACUAAAGUUCGGACCUUUGCUCUCUACACUCGUCUUUUCAUCUUUAUCUUACAGUUUGUGUGUAAUCUGCUGAUCCCAGAUCAUGAUCCUGGUGUAUUCACUUGGGUCAUUGAUCCUUCACUUAAACCUACAGUAUUAGAUAGAAUUUUGAGUUUUCUAUUUGACGGACUACUAAGAUGGGAUGCUCAACAUUUUCUUCACAUUGCCACGCAUGGUUAUACCUUCGAAACAAACAUAGCUUUCUUCCCGUUGUAUCCUCUGAUUGUGAGAACGUUUGCUAAUCUACUCUACUGGAUGCAGGAGGAGUAUGCAAUAAUUAGUUUUAUUACCGCUGUUAAACUGUCAGCAGUCAGUCUUAAUUUAGGUUUCUUCCUGUUGGCAUCUGAUGCGUUUUAUGAAUUAUCUAGGAAGGUUCUUAAAGAUGAAUACCUAGCGUAUAAGGCCGGACUCUUUUUUGCUAUUAACCCAGGGAGUAUAUUCUUCACAGCUGGAUAUUCUGAGAGUUUAAACUCGAUGCUCACAUUCUACUCAUUAUACAAAAUAUCUAAAAAUCUCAGUGCAAAGACAUGUGUUGGUGUUCUGCUGGCCAGUGCUACAAGAUCUAACUCAAUUCUUAAUGCUGGGUUCAUACUGUACAAUAGUCUCAAGAUUGUAGCCACAGAGACUAUUAUCUACGUGAGAUUAAAGAAAGCAUGUCGUGAGAAAGCUGAAUUAUCGACAACUAUUGCAAAUAUUAUCGGCGACGCAAUUAUUCCUGGUCUCUUCAAUUUACUGGGUUGUGUUGCUCCGUUCUUUCUUUUCCAGUGGUACUGCUAUACUCACUUCUGCAGGCUUACCAAGCAAACCCCAGGUGCAGUAAUAAUCCUCCCAUAUCCUACUCCUAUAUACAGGUGCAGUAAUAAUCCUCCCAUAUCCUACUCCUAUAUACAGAGUGUGUACUGGGGAAACGGACUGUUUGCGUACUGGGAGAUUAAACAGGUUCCAAACUUUACCUUGGCUAUUCCUGUUCUAGCCAUAGUGCUAGUUACAUCAUACAACUUCAUAUGGUUUCAUUGGGACUAUGUGAAGAGGUUGGGUUUGGUGGAUAAUAACCUACUGGGUAUACCUAGGAAACCGAUUCUUGCAGUACGACAGUACAGAGUACUACCUCGAGAAUGCUUUGUUUAUAUUGUACAUGCUUCCUUCCUAGCUCUGUUUGCUAUAUUCUUCAUGAAUGUCCAGGUUGCUACUCGGCUUAUCUUCUCAGCUAGUCCUUUAGUUCCAUGGCUAGCAGCAAUGAUGACGACUAGAUGGGAUAAACCAGCAGUUCCUUUAUGUGAAGAUGACAACCCAGAGAUACUUUUAAAGGUUGAAUGUAAAUCAAAUCUGGAAAGUAACACGGACUCCAUCUUGUUCCAGGAGAAGAUAGAUACUGAGCUGGGUAGAUGGAUAAUGAUGUACUUCCUCGGGUAUUUUCUGAUUGGAACUAUUCUAUUUUGCAACAAUCUUCCCUGGACGUAAACAAAAUACAAUACUUAAUUUUAUUUGUUACAUCCUGUUUUUAGAAACUUGUUUAAAUAAUCUUUUCCUUUUUCUCCUCUGCUUCCAUUUGACCCAACCUUGUUUCGAAUCCUGAACUGAAAUCCCCAAAACUAUCUGCAAUCAGAAUCUUAUGUAUCAACUCUAUAUCCAGAACGAAAACUUUUGAUUCAAACCGAUUUUCUGUUUAAUCUAGAUAACACAGCUUAUUGUAUUUUCACGAUCUCUUAUUGGCCCAGAGGAGAUUUUUUGGUGUCAAAUUGAUCGGACCUACACAAAUAUUCAAAUAAAUUUUCUUAAUCCGUCGGAGAAGAAAAUCUACUCAUUACUUCCGACCUCUAUAGUAUAUUAAACUAACUAGUCAUAUCUUUUCAUUAUAAUAUUUUUUUGUUGUUAAUACAAUUUUCUGUUUUGAAUAUAAGUAUUGUUAAUCGAAAUAUAUCUGUUUGUGCCAAAUAAAAGAUGAAAAACAACA